AUGUCUCUAAAACCAAUUACUCUUUGGGGUCAUGAUAGUGGGCCGAAUGCAUGGAAAGUCGCUAUGAUUUUAGAGGAACUCAAUGUGCCAUACGAUUUCAAGAUGAUUUCGUUCCCAGAUAUGAAGAAGGAACAAUACGAAAAAAUCAAUCCCAACGGUCGUGUUCCUGCAAUUGAGGAUCCAAAUACUGAUAUAACGCUAUGGGAAUCGGGAGCCAUCAUUGAAUACCUUGUCGAAACUUACGACAAAGACAACAAAAUCAGCUUCCAUCCGGGAACGAAAGACUACUACGAAGCCAAGCAAUGGUUAUAUUAUCAGGCAUCUGGUCAGGGACCAUACUUUGGACAAGCCGUGUGGUUUACUGUCUAUCAUCCCGAGAAACUCCCACUUAUCAUUGACCGCUACGUCAAUGAGGUACGCCGUGUCUCCGGUGUUCUGGAUAAAGUUUUACAGGGCAAGAAAUUCCUGGUUGGAGGCAAAUUUAGCUACGCGGAUGCGGCUUUUGUGACUUGGUAUGUCAUUGUUUUCCUUUUUGCUGACAGGAUCAACCUUGAAACGGAUUUUCCGACGUUGAAUUCUUGGUUUGAGGGAAUGAAGCUCCGUCCAGCUAUUGCGAAGAUCUUGAAGGAUCGCGAAGCUGCCAUGAAAAAGAAUUAG